AUGAAGGCAACCACAUUGGUCAGUGCCAUCACUGCCUUCGGCCUGGUCAGCGUCGUCUCGGGCACCAAACUCUCCUACACCAUGGCCGAGGCUAUCUGCGGCGACCUCGGCGUUAUAAACGUCACCGACCUCCCCGAGGGCGUCAAUCCCAAUGCGGUUCGAACAUGCAAGGAGCACCCGGAGGGUGGUGCCUUUCAGAAGAGCCUCGACAAGCGCGACUGCUGCCUGGCUCUGGGGAAUGGUGCUGGACAGCCCAAAACAAUGGAUUUGGAGACUGGGUCAGAUGCAAAAGCAGCAGCGACUGCAGUCGCGGGGAUCAGUGUGGUGCUGGUGGUUGCAAAGCAUGCGGAUGCAGCUGCUAAGCCUGGAAAGCAAGCAUGGCCUUCGGAAUGUAUGUACUACACCUCUACCAGCACGCGAGUUGGUCUGAUGCUAGGAAGCCCGAUCUUGCCAGGUACCUUAGAUACAGACAAUAAAGACUUUCAGUAA